AAUCAAAUUAAGUUGAACCCAGAAAAAAAACUGUUAUUUUGGUUGACAGCAGAGUAUUGAAUACAGCAACAGAGUUGGAAAAAGGUAAGUAAAAUAAAAGACACGAAACGUGGACCAUUUCAGCCCAAUUUCUCACGUUGUAACUGAAAUCACCCGGGAAGAAGAAGCAAAAGGUAAAGGGAUUGAAUCAAAUUGAAAAUGCUCCAAACUUCAGUAAGCUGCCCAGGAAAGCUGAACCUAUGCCUUCCUCUUUUUCUUCCCAUGCUUCCCCAUCCGCUUCUGGUUCCUUGCAAGAGUGCUCCUAUGAUAGAGAUGAAGCUUCCAGUGUAACCUUAACUAAUUUCGAUGAUAAACAGGAUGGAAAUAAAGUGGAUGACUCAAUUGCUUUCAGUGGCUCAUGUGAUAAAAGAUCAAGAUAUGUGUUAAAUUUCUAUGAAUUUCCAGCGGUAGAAGCUGAACCAAUUGCUCCAGAUACAGUUAGUGAUCCAUGCAUUGGUAGAGUGGUCCAUAGGAAAGUUGUGGAACAAAAGAGUGAUGUGAAGAAGUUACAAGUUAGAGGAAGCACUGGUGUUUGCAUAACUCCAGGAAAUGCCGUAUGGGCCAAAACAGCUUGCCAAGUGUGGUGGCCUGCUCAAAUCAUUGACAAAAGGUCCGUUUUAGUUGAUUCAACAAUCCAACAAACCGAGGAACAUGUUUUAGUAAAGUUUUAUGGAAAACAUGACAGUGCUUGGAUUAAUGCAGCAAGAGAUCUUUCAAUGCUUGAGGAUUGCUUUGAAGAAAGGAGCUGCAAUUUUAUGGAAAAUUUUCAAGAUGCUUUGAAACAAGCAAUAGUACAGAGGAAGAAACAUAUAAAAUCAUGUAGGCAGUUGCCUGGAAGCCCUGAUCCUUUCACUCAAUCUGAUCGGCAAGACAAAAAAUCUGGUAAACAUGCUUCAUCAUUAUCAAGCAAAACUGGCUGUAAUUUAGUCAGACAAGUAGGUAAUAAGAAGGAAGGCAAGCCAAGAAUUCAUCUUAAUGGUGCUAGAUUUCCAUUGAAAUCUGGUGAAGGACCUCGGCGGCUAAAAAUUAUGCGGUAUCUUGGUCUCACAGCUCCAAUGGGAUCUCCCUUCUAAUCAAUCACUCAUUUAAAACUUGCUACAAAAUGUUGUAAAAAUGUCCAAUUUUUAGUUCAUAUUACUACCAUAUGAUUAUUUUUAUAUUUACGUUUAGUAGGUCCAUUGUUUGUUGUCAAUGAAUGUGUUUGAUAAUGCAUAGUAAAUUUUUACUAUUGAAGAAGAAAUUUUUUUAUAGUUUAAUUAUUUUAAUGCGUUUGAUAACUCAUACUAAAUAUUACUUAAUACGAAAUUUCAAACAAAAAAGUGUUAAAUGUAGAUAGAGAGUUUCUUAUGGUUUGGAAUUUAGUUUGUAGGCAGAGAAGUUCUUAUAGUUUAGAGUUUAGGGUUUUAGGUUUGUUCUGGUUUGGGGUUAAGGUUUAAAGGUUUUAGAUUUAGAACUAGGCAUACGGUAUGAGAUUUGAGGUUUGGGUUUAGAGAUUUAGUAUUAUGCUUACGGUUUAGGAUUUAGUAUAUAUGAACUAAAUUAGAUAUUUAGAUUUAAGUCUAUUCAGCAUUCUCUAAAAUCCUAACUAUUUCCAAAUUAUUUCCCCAUCUCUAAAAUUGAAUUUUAAUUAUUUUUUCCCCAUCUCCUUUAGGGACUUAUUGUACUACUAUUUCCAUUCAAUGACAGUAUGUAUUAAUUAGGUGAUGGAAGUGCAAUUUGAUGAUGGGAAAGGUUCUCGGUGAUGUUCUGUCUGUAUUUGAUUUUAUUGCCAUUUCCAUUAGCCAUAUGUGAAAAGCUUGUUUCAUUCAUAGAUUAUAAUAUGAUGAUUGACCGGUUCACAUCAAUGUUAUAUUGUGAGUUCUGUGAUGUUUCCAAAGAGGUUAGUUAUGCUUCAACUUGAUAAUUUGAGAUUUAUUCUAUUCUUGGAUAUGUUUCGAGUGCCAUGCUGUUGAAAUUUCUAAAGAUUGAUUUGUUUGAUUAAGGUUUCCUGGUGAUAUGGGUAGCGGUUAAUGAUGACAUUUUUUUUGGUGUUAUCUCAAGCUUUUUGUUUGGUCUUGUUACCAUAGGUGGCAGAGUUGUUUGGAUCAAUAAUUAAGUGGGAUCAUGUUUGGAAUGUAAGGCAUGGAGUUGUGUUUCGUCAUGUGGCAUCAUUUAUUUGUUUGAAGAGGAUUAUAGAGUUGUGUUAUUAUGUGUUUUUAUCUCAGUUAUGGCAUAAAGGUGUAAAUGCUUGAGACUCUGGAAUUUUUGCUGAAACAGAAUGCAUUUCUUGUCACUGAGUCAGACAUUUGUGGUGUUAUUAAUUAGGUUAUUUCUGUUCUGCUUGAGCUUGGACUCCAUGGGAAAGUAAUAAAGAUAUAGAUGGUUUAGUUAGAGUCAUUGGUAGUGUUUGCUUUGUAAACUGCCUAGGGAGGUAAAUUGUACUGUUGAUGCCUCGGCCAAGCUGGUAUUGACAGAACCAGCAUGUUUAAAACCUGAUGAUGGCUGCUUAUGAUGGAGAUGCAGCUGCAUUGUUUCUUUGUUGAUCAAAGUUCUCUAUAGUUGUGUUGUUUAGUUUGCAGAAUGUUGUAUUGGCAUCGUAGUUGCUGCCAUUCUGCUUGGAAGUCUCUUGUAAACUCGAGCUACAAAGCUUUCAAGUUUUUUUUGUAACUCCGAUUUAUUUAAUAAAAUAUGAUUUGGCUUAUAAAAGAAUCAA